CACCACCACCACCACCACCACCACCACUACUAGUCCUACGACGCCGACUGCUCCUCAACAUCGACACAAACACAGACUUGGUUGUCCGGGAAUUAACGUGCACACCUUUGUCCUCCGUCCGCCGACACAAUGGUCAUUCUCGCGGCCUCCGUGUGCACCAGGGGCGGCAAGCCCCUACUAUCACGACAGUUCCGAGAGAUCCAGAAGUCUCGGGUAGAAGGAUUGUUGGCAUCUUUCCCGAAACUCGCCGACUCAUCGACGCAACACACGACAGUGGAGCAAGAGAACGUCCGCUUCGUAUACCAACCGCUUGACGAACUGUACCUAGUCCUGAUCACGAACAAGAACUCCAACAUCCUCCAAGACAUAGACAGCCUACACUUAUUCGGACAGGUAGUGACAUCAAUCUGCAAGAGAGUGGACGAGCGGGAAAUCCUACGCAAUGCGUUCGAACUGCUCAGCGCGUUUGACGAGCUGGUGACCAUGGGAUACCGAGAGAACCUGUCGCUCAGCCAGAUCAAGACAUUUUUGGAAAUGGAGUCGCACGAGGAACGGAUCCAAGAAAUCAUUGCGCGGAACAAGGAACUCGAGGCCUCGGAGGAGCGCAAACGCAAAGCCAAACAACUGGAACUACAACGAAAAGAAGCCGCACGCUCGGCCGCGUACGGACGAGGCGUGGCACCCAAGAUGCCCACCCAGGCCACAUACACACCUCCCGUGCGACCGGAAUCAAGCUACGACACAUACGAGGCGGAAAAGAACAAGAUCUCGAACAAAUUCUCGGCAUCCCGUCCAACAAAGGGAAUGCAACUGGGCAAGAAGUCAAAGACAUCCAACGCGUUUGCCAAAGUGCAGCAAGAGCUGGGUCCCGAAGCGGCCGCCCUCGAAGACCAACAUCACACCAUCUCCUCUCCCGCCGCCCAUCACACCGACCUCCCAGACCGCACAGCAGCCCGCCACUCGACAGAAACUACACACGCGCCUCCCAUCCUGAUCACACUAGCCGAGACGCUGAGCGCAAAGCUGACUCGCGAAGGAGCACUCAAAUCAUUCGAAGUGAAAGGCGACCUGCAACUCAAGAUCAGCGACGCCUCGCUAACAAAACUGGCUUUAUCCGUGCACGCUGUCGAGGGGCCCCUAAAAGCGCAGUUCCGCACCCACCCCAACGUCGACAAGAACCUGUUCACGUCCCAAAAGGUCAUCCAGCUGAAAGACACGACCAAGAAAUUCCCUACCAACAACAGCAUCGGCGUCCUGCGCUGGCGUGCCACCGCUCCCGCAGAUACACCGGACGUCCUGCCCAUCACGUUUACCGCUUGGGUCAACAAGUCUGACGACAGCUAUACCACCAUCACCAUCGAGUACGAACUGACAAACCCGGAUUUGACCCUGAGGGACGUUGCCGUCACCAUCCCGUACUCGUCCUCCGAGCCCGGCGUGUCGUCGUUUGAUGCCAUGUACCAGGUCACCGGCGACUCGCUCGAGUGGACUAUUGGGACUAUCGACGCCGACAACGCCACCGGCAGCUUCGAGUUUGAGUCCCAGGCCGACGACGAGGCCGAGUUCUUCCCCAUGUCUGUUAGUUUUGAGAUGAGCAGACCUUUUGUCGAUGUCGACGUCUCUGGCGCCCGUCUGCUCGAAAUCGACGAGGAGGUCGACUUUGAAAAGGUCGUCAAGGCCACUGCUGACGGUUUUGUCAUUGAGUAAAUUGGAGUCAGAUAGACUGAGAAGAGACGCAGUUUGACAGGAACAACAAACUGCUCUUGCCUUCUUCGGGCCCUAAGAACAUGCUACUACUGUUUCCAAUGCUUUCCUCAAACACCAGUCUAGUUUCCUCCCUCAUGUUUGAUCUGCGGCAAACUCGAUAGAUGUACUGUAGCCACGGAUUCGGACGAACAGCUAGACACCCCGGCGUUUGGAACCAAGGAUCGAUGAUAUUGCCUUUUCAUGAUUGACCACCGGUCAGGAAUCCUUUGUUUACGUUUAUUUGAUCAUCAUAUUCGUCGACGUGGUUUAUCUAUGUAUGUACUCAAUACGUAGGCAGACAGGAUAGUGUGCGUCUAUCCUGGUCAUAUGUCGUGUUCCACAACUUGUGGAGUGGUAGUGGUUCAACAUCCGCUACAGACCCCCGGGCCCUCCGAAGUCCUGCUCGUGUUUGUGUUCGUG